CUCUAUUUCAGAUCAAGCAAAACGGAGUUUGUUUCUACUGACGAGCUGCUACUUUUAAAGUGAAAGUUCCGGCGGCCAUGAUGGCGCCUAGUGUAUUUCAAAGGACGAAAUCACCCCGAUCUUCACCAGGAAACCUUCCUAGGAAACUACAGAACGGCGGUGAAGUAGCUGGCCAGUCGGAGCCGACAGCCGACUCCAGUCCUGGCGACUCUAUCUCAGACGCGGAAAAUUUCGAGUGCUACGGCGAAGCUGAUGGAGACGCACCUAGCACCAACACAGUGGAGAACGGCACGAGAAGUCCAGGGAGUCACUUGAACCGACAUUCAUGGACGAGGACCAGUCUGCGACGGACGCCUCCUAGCCAUCAAGAAAACCUGCCGCACAGGCGAUGGGGCUCCAUGAGACACUCUGGGAAGCGGCAAAUUGGCUCCAAUGUCUUAGCAAGCCAAUUGUACCGGUCGUCGUCAUUCAACUCCUCUGGCUGCGGGUCGGGAGGGGAGCCAGCAGACGACAUGUACUCCGAUGUUUCAUUAGAGGAAGACGUCCAAGGUCUCAAUUACAAGGUGCAGCUUCUGCAACAACAGGUGACGUCGCUGGCCGACACGCAGAGCACGGCGGACGAGCGAUACGCGAGAGCGAAGGCAGACAACGCAGUGAUGCAGGCGCGCGUACACAUGCUCGACGAACAGAUAAGAGAGAUCGAAUGCAGAUGCGAGGAGCGCAUCGCAGAGGAGCAAAAGCGAUGCCGCGAGGCGAUCGCGCGGGUGGAGCGCGACAGAGACACGCAGCUGGCGGCGCUCAACGACAGGCUGGCCACCGCCGAAACAGAAGCCUCAGACCUCAAACAGGAGGUAGGGAGACUUCGUGGGGUAGCCGAAACUCUGAGAGCUAACGCGGAAAUGGCUGCUCGAGCGCAUCGUGAAGCGCAAGAACAAGUCGGGGAGCUGGCUGCCCAACUAACCGCGGCUAGGGAAUCAGAGAGGCGGGAGAGGGAAUCUGCUGCAGCUACGGCAGAAUUACUGGCGUCUGCUAAACUAGAAUUGCAGAGGCUGAAAGAAGCACCACCCCCACCGCCGGACCCUCGCCUCGACGAGCUGAGGAAGGAACUAACGCUGUUAAGGACCCAGAACAAAUCUCUAUCGGAAGCACAAGAAGAGCUUCAAGCACAAAUCCUAACGCGUGGCGUAGAAGAAGGUCGCAGCUUACUGGACGGAGUCAGCGGACCUCUUGUUGCCACCAACUCCCUUGCCCAUGAGCUUUCACAGAUGAGCGAUGACGAGCUCGAUGGUAGCGAUACACAAACAGAUCUCAGCAUAGAGAUGGAAAAGUUGCAGAAGGCUCUGAAGGAACAACAAGACGUAAAUGUACAACUGAGAAAUUACAUUGAUGGUAUCUUAUUGGCUAUAGUAGAAAACUACCCUCAAUUAUUGGAAGUAAAAUAUCAAAAGGAAGUAGGAGAAAAGUCAUAACAAUAUUAAUUCAGUUCAAAAAUUCUCAAGUUAUUUAAUUAUUUGUCGAUAUCAUCAUCACUUAGUCGUAAUAGGUGUGUUCAUUGUAUUUUUUUAUUGCAUUCAUAGAAGAAGUUAUCAUUCAAUAAAAAUAUUAAUGUAUUCAUUGAGAUUUACGUGUUUGUUCUGUGAUAAAAAAGAAGCAGAGGAUUAAGAUGUUAUAAAAUGUCAUUCAGAAUACAAUAGUUUAAUGAAAACAAUGUAGUUUUAGUGAUAACACUAAAAUAGUUUACCUUGAAUAUUUUUAUAAACUUCCAUGUGUAAAUAUUGUGAAUAGCGGAUCUUUUUACAAGCAAAUAUUGUUCCUUUUAGGUAUCUCAGGAACUGUAACAAUAGUUACAGUACUGAAUAAGUAAAAAUCAUACUUAAUAGGUAUUCAAAAUAAUGAGAUCUGUACAGGUAUGAACAUUUUUAAGUAAAUUUAUUAAUAAUAAAUAUAUAGAGGCCAAGCCGUCCAUAAAUAUUAUAACUACUUAAAGCAAUUAUUAUGAAAGACUGGAGCGUAUGAAUUCUAAUACGAUUGUUUGAAAUUUGUAAUAUAAUAUAAUUUUAGCUAAAUAAUUGUAGAAAUUUUAAAAUACCUAAAGCCAUUAAAAAUCUUUUGUAUUAAAGGUAUUAUCUUCAAAUUAGUACCUAAGCUUUAUUUGUUAUGAUAGAUGAGAAUUUGUACCUAUAUUUUUGCAAUGAUAUAUUUAAGUUCUAAGAUGUAUUGAAUUUAUAUAUAUUACGAAUAGGCAUUUGUGUACAUUUUGAUAACAUAAUUAAUAUUGUAAAUUUAUGAAAAUGUUCUUCUUAUAAUAAUAGUCAUUAACAUA